AUGUUUUCCAGCAGCGCUACCGACGACUCUGAAUCCUUGUCACGCUGCAGCUCGGCGUCGCCGCCAGGGGAAACCCUCGCCUACUAUCCACCACAGUCAGCAGCACCGGACGCGUUAUCAUCAUCAUCAUCCACAUCCACACCGUCUGCGGCUUCGACAGAGAACACACAGUCCCAGUUCAUUGAGAAAAAUCAACCCAUUGAGGAGACACCACCGCGGCCUUGCGUCAGCCUUGACGUCAGCAACAAUGAAAAGUCAAAUAUUGAUCUGAUGGAUGUGUCCGAGGAGGAUUCGUUCGCUCCCACGGUAACAACCAUCUCAAGUACCCCAGAUUUGCAGUGGCUGGUCCAGCCGACCAUCACGUCUGUUCCCCCAUCUCCGGGCAGAGAACAGAGCAAUGGAGCGCAGAAGAAGUCUGCCGCUGCGAGCCCCAAAGUAGGCGGGAGCAACGGCAAAAAAUCCAGCAGGAAAGGAAAAAACGAACGGCUGUCUCCCGAGGAGGAGGAGAAGAUGAGGAUCAGGAGGGAGAGGAACAAGAUGGCUGCAGCCAAGUGUCGGAACAGGAGGCGGGAGCUGACAGACACCUUGCAAGCAGAGACGGAGCAGCUGGAGGAGGACAAGGCUACGCUGCAGGCGGAGAUCAGCAGCCUCCUGAAGGAGAAGGAGCGUCUGGAGUACGUGCUGGCGUCCCACAGGCCCUCCUGCCACAUGCUGCCCGACCUGGAGAGCAUCAUGUUCCCUCUGGACUCCCCUGCCAACACCACCACCACCACCACCUCCACCUCUACUAGGAGUGGCACGCAGCAGACCCCAUCCGGCCCAGACACCGCCGAGAACAACACCGACCCCGACGGCCUGGGGAAGCUGCUGUCCGUGGAGACGGAGGAGCAGCAGGAGGAGGCCAGUGACCUUUGUGACCUGGUGCCCAGUCUGGAGGUGGUGCAGGGGGAGGAGGAGGAGCUGCUGGACCACCUCCUGCUACAGAGCAACAUGUACGGCGGCAUGGAGACCGCCCGCUCGGUGCCCGACAUCGACCUGAGCGGCACGCUGGGAUUGGCCGACUGGGAGACGCUGUACAGGUCGGUGGCGGGCGACCUGGAGCCACUGAGCACGCCCGUGGUCAACGUGAACACGCCCACCUGCGGCGGAGGAGGAGGAGGAGGCGGAGGCUUCGUGUCAUCGGUCUUCACCUUCGCCGGACAUGAGCUGGACGCCGACGACGCCGUGCCCGACGGAGCCGAGUUCCUGAAGGCAGCGACGCAGGGCAAGACGACGAGCAGCAGUGGUGGCGGUGGCGGUGGUGGUGGUGGUGGUGUUGGGGAGUCUAGAGUGGAUAUUCUCAACUCACCCACACUCUUGGCACUAUGA